UGCGGUGAGAGUUGCCAUUGUCCGUUUGCACUCUCAUUUGAUUGUUUCAGCUCUGCGAUCUUCUGAGCUGGCCACCGAAUACCUCCUUUCCCUCGUUCAACAAGCGACAAGACGGGAGAAUAGCUACUCAAUUCCUAAUACUGUAUCGAACAUCGAACCCGAUCAUCGCCAUGGAUGGCCACGCAGAAGCAAAUCAGAGCCGUGAGGGCCUCCUUCGAUCAUAUGAGGAGGGAGAGCGAAUACCGAUGCGCAAAUCUCUUGAGGAUGCCUAUCGAUCCUCCAGUGACGAUGACCUCGAAGCUACCGACUUCCUCCAGUCAGAUCCUCUCAACGACCGCGCUCAACCUGCUGUCUCUGCAUACAAGCCGGUUAUAAACUCCACAACCCUCCGCUCUUCCUUUGGUCGCCGCUCGAAAUGCAUCGUUACUAUCGUGGUCGUACUCAUAAUCUUCUGGGCAAUACUGGCGGGGGGAGGAUUCUAUUUAUUCAAGAAGGUCCCGUUAAACGGACAAUCGCCGCCAUGGUAUCCUACACCUCUGGGAGGCACGGUGCCUCAGUGGAGCGAAAGCUAUAAGAAGGCAGAGGCAUUGGUCAAGAAGAUGACGCUGCCGGAGAAGGUCAACAUUACAACAGGCACAGGUUGGCAGAUGGGCUUGGCAGUCGGGAAUACGGGACCUGCAAUCCAUGCUGGAUUUCCUAGUCUGGCAUACCAGGAUGGUCCACUUGGAUUGAGAUUUGCGGACAAUGCAACUGCUUUCCCGGCUGGGGUCACCGUAGGUGCGACUUGGAAUAAGGACCUGAUGUACCGGAGAGGGAAAGCACAUGGAAACGAGGCGCGCUUGAAGGGUAUCAAUGUGCUGCUAGGGCCUUGCGUUGGACCUCUUGGUAGAAUGCCAGCUGGUGGACGUAACUGGGAGGGUUUCGGAGCAGAUCCAUAUUUACAGGGCAUUGCCGCUGCUGAGACCAUUAGGGGUAUACAAGAGGAAAACGUUAUUGCUACAAUCAAGCACUUUAUUGGCAAUGAACAGGAACACUUCAGACAAAGUUGGGAAUGGGGACUGCCAAAUGCGAUGAGUUCGAACAUCGAUGACAGAGCACUGCACGAGAUGUAUGGGUGGCCAUUCCAAGAUGCGGUGAAAGCUGGCGUUGCCAGUGUUAUGUGCAGCUACCAGAUGCUCAAUAACUCAUACUCUUGUGGGAAUUCGAAAUUGCUGAAUGGCAUCCUUAAGGAUGAGCUGGGAUUCCAAGGAUUUGUACAGUCGGAUUGGCUUGCUCAACGGUCGGGCGUUGCCAGUGCACUAUCUGGCCUCGAUGUCACGAUGCCUGGAGAUGGACUGAGCUGGGCAGCUGGGAAAUCUCUAUGGGGAUCAGAAUUGACAAAGUCCGUCUUGAAUGGCUCGUUACCGAUCUCAAGACUCAACGAUAUGGUUACUAGAGUUGUUGCUGCGUGGUAUCAGCUUGGCCAAGAUGAUCAAUCUAAAUUCGAUGGCAAGGGACCCAACUUCUCAUCGUGGACGAACGAUAAAAUGGGCCUCAUCAAUCCUGGGAGUCCUGACGACAAGGAUAUCAAGGUCGUUAACCAGUUCGUCAAUGUACAAGGAACUGGUGACGAUGCUCACUCCAUCAUUGCGCGCCAAGUCGCUACAGAGGGUACGGUUCUCGUCAAAAACGAGGGGAAUUUGUUGCCCUUGAGCAAAGAUGGCUGGCCCACUGAUCAACCACAUGAACUCAUCUAUCGGGUUGGGAUAUUUGGAGAGGAUGCAGGGGAAGGAUCUGGUCCGAAUGCCUGCGAAGACAGAGCUUGCAAUCAGGGAACUCUUGGGUCGGGUUGGGGCUCUGGUGCAGUCGAGUUUCCAUAUUUGAUCUCCCCUGCUGCGGCACUGAAAGAGGCUUUCAACAAGGAGCGGGUUUACGUCUCGGAUUUCCCUGUUAACACUCCACCUUUCAAGCAAGCACCUGCGAUUCUCGCCGAUCAAGACGUUUGUAUCGUUUUUGCUAACUCGGAUUCCGGCGAGGGUUACAAGUCCUGGAACGGUAUCAACGGGGAUCGUAACGAUCUAUUCCUCCAAAAGGGCGGCGACAAACUCAUCAAGGACGUCGCUCAGGGUUGUGGUGAGGGCAAGGGUAGUACCAUUGUUGUCAUCCACUCCGUGGGUCCCGUCAUUGUAGAGAAAUGGAUUGAUCUACCUGGAGUCAAAGCUGUCAUCAUGGCGAACCUUCCAGGACAAGAAAGCGGAAACGCCAUCACAGACAUCCUUCUUGGAAAUGUCAAUCCCAGCGGAAAGCUGCCAUAUACCAUCGGGAAGUCGCUCGAUGAUUACGGACCAGGAGCUAAAAUCUUAUAUUAUGCAAAUGGGGCAGUGCCUCAACAGAACUUUACCGAGGGACUGUACAUUGAUUACCGCCAUUUCGACGAGUAUGAUAUCGAGCCUAGAUUCGAGUUCGGUUUUGGACUCUCAUACACCACCUUUGAAUACUCAAAUCUCGUCGUCACGCCCAUCCUCCCUAAAUCACCACUGCCUUCUCCAAGACCAGCUCCACUUCCAGCUCCUCAAUUCGACGACGUUAUACCAGACCCAAGUACGGCUCUAUUCCCGGAGGGAUUUAGAAAGCUGACCAAUUUCAUCUAUCCUUAUAUCGAAAAGGUCUCCGAUAUCAAGACAGGCAAAUACCCAUACCCCGAAGGUUACGACAUCCAGCAACCUUCCUCCCAAGCUGGCGGUGGCGAGGGUGGAAAUCCUGAUCUUUGGAACGUGUAUGCUUCUGUGUCCGUCGACCUGAAGAACACAGGUUCACGCGCGGGCAAGGAAGUCGCACAGCUCUAUCUCAGCUACACAAACGUCACGGGCGAGGCAGCGAAAGUGGGUUUCCCUGACAAGGUCUUGAGAGGAUUCGAGAAGGUGUAUCUCGAGAAAGAUGAGACGCAGACGGUACAUUUCAAUCUCACGAGGAGAGACUUGAGUUAUUGGGAUGUCGUGCAGCAGAAUUGGGUUAUGCCGACCGAAGGCAGGAUCUCGGUCAGGGUCGGGGCGUCUUCAAGGGAUUUGAAGCUUACUGGAUGGUAUUAAAGGUUCAGGAACGAGAAAUACAGGGAGUGAGUUCCCUUGGCUGGCGUUUGGGAGUUGAAAAAUGAAUGAGAGAUGGAUAGAGAUAAAAAUACUCGUGUAAAUUAUGAUGAUUAAUGAUAUGUCAGGC